AUGUCCUCUUCAUCUCGAAGAAGAUCCGACGAUUAUGAUUCGGAUUCAAGAUGGCAACGUUACGAAAAUGCCUCACUGGGGAGUGAGGCCGAAGGAACGAGAAAAGAAGAUGAAAGCGAAACGACUGAGAUAGACUCUGGAAAUGAAGUCGAGGCAUACAGAGGCAAAAUUCAAAGAAAAAACAACCAUUCAAGCAGAAAAAGGCGCCAAACACUGAAUGCGCGAGAGCGGAACCUGCGUCGCCUGGAAAGCAACGAGCGAGAGCGCAUGCGCAUGCAUGGCCUGAAUGACGCAUUCCAAGCUCUUCGUGAGGUCAUUCCGCACAUCAGCAUGGAAAAGAAGCUCUCGAAAAUCGAGACACUGACUCUUGCCAAACACUACAUCAUGGCUCUCACCAACGUCAUAUGCCAAAUGAGGGGAGAAUCCUUACCCUAUAAUCUAGGAGAAGAGGGAGAAGUUGGUGAUGAGGAGGAUGAUGAAGAAAUGAGUAAAAUCCGUACUUGAAAAAUUGAUGUACACGAAGUCAAUCAUUCCUCAAAUGUGUCUCUGUGUGAGUGUCUCGGCCGUGUUAUUACUGGAUAAAUGGCCUAUUUAUCGUCAGCUGAUGUGAUUGUCCAGCUUUUGGUGUUCGGUGUCAUCUUAUGCUUUUUGAGAAACUCAAGCUAUGACAAAUGUUGACACAAA